AUGACUGUUGUUACACCUCCACCAUCAUCUGAUGGUGAAACUCAACAGCAGCCACAAUCUCCAUCGAAUACAACAUUCGAAUGGAAAACAUUAAUUGAAACAUUUAGCGAUAAUACGAACAGUACAAAAUAUAAUGAACUAAUUCAAUCAAUUUUACGAUGGGAAGAUCUGUUAAGUCGACCAGAUCCACUAAAUGAACAGUUUUUAAAUCUAUUUGCUAUCGUAGCAACACAUUAUCUUGUUGGAGGAUUGGCACGAGUUGAACGUUUUUAUUUUACCGAUGUGAUAAAUGUAGGAAAGUUGUUAUUAAAAUAUCUUUUACAAAAUACUUUACCAAAAACAAAUGAUACUAAUCGAAUAUCAACAUUAAACGCAAUUAAAUCAUUAUGUUAUUCUCAAACAUUUCUUUCAUCAUCGGAACUUAAAGAUUAUUUAGAAUUAAUUAAAAAAGCCGAUGGGCCACAAAUAAAUAAAGAUGAUCGUCGAUUACGUUCAUCGAGUAAAGCAACGAUCGCUCGACGUGAAACUGGUUUAGUUGAUUCAUUAUGCAAUGCUGUUUUAUUUGAUUUGUCAACAUCAGAUGAUUCAUCGCAUGGAAAUAAACGUGAAAGACCACAAUCAGCUGGAUCAUCAUCAAAAUUAACAUUUCCUAAACAUAUGAGUCAACUUCUAUUGAAUGAUUUCAAACAAUUGCAUGGUGAACAGUAUUUUAGUGAGAUAUUGUUUCAUUUGCCAUUGAUAACUGAAACAAAAAUUACUAUAAAGGAUAUUCUUCGUAAUAAUAUAAUUAUACCUGGUAAUGAUACACAAUUUCAAGAGAACUUAGUAUCAAUUAAAAAUGAUCUUGAUUUUGUACGUCGUGCGAUGCAAUUACCAGUUAUUGAACCACUUGAUGAAAAUCGUCUAAAUAAAUUUAUUAUUAUGUCAUUAAAUUCACUUUUAAUUGCAUUAAAAUAUGUUCGUUUAGCUAUAAAUAAUGAUGAUAUAAUAACUAAUGAUCAAAUUUUACAUGAUAUAGCACGUAUAUGUAUUAAACUCGGUGAUAUAAUACGAUAUUCACCUCGACUUGAGAAUUCACGAAAUAUUUUUCUUAAUUAUCAUCUUUUAUUAGCAAUUACAUUAACAAAAGGAAUAAAAGAAAUUCUUCAAUAUAUUAAUAAUAAUAAUCAAAAUGAAACACAACAACAACAAUCAAAAAUAUCAAUAAAUAAUCUAUUAAUUCAUCUUAUUGGAAUUCUAAUGUUUUCAACUAGAGAAUUAAUUAAUGAUAUAUCAUAUUCUGAUUCUAACAUUGAAAUAAUUGAUUCUUUUAAUGAAAAAUUUUCAUUUACAAAUAUAACAGAUUUACUUCAAUCAUCUCAACGUUAUUUUUAUUUAAAAGAAUAUCAAACAUUAAAAUUAUUUUUAACUAUUUUAUAUCGUCUUAUUUCAUCAUCAUCAACAACAACAACAACAACAACAAUAAAAAUAUCUUCAACAAUUCCUGAUGCACCACCAUUACCACCAGAAACUCCAUCAACAGAAAAUAUAAGUGAAGAUACAUUUGGUAUAAAAAAUUUAUUUGAUGAAACAAAUUCAGUAAAUUUAACAAAUACUUCAACAACUCAACAAACAAUUUAUCGUUCAUUAUCAACAAAUAAUCGUAAACGAACAAUAUUAAAUCGUUGUUUAGAAAUUGAUUUAUGUUCGGAUGAAAUUUUCGAUCAAGAUGAUCAUUAUGAUUUAUUAAAUUAUCUUGAUAAAAAUUAUUUAAAUACAAAUAUAACUAUUCUUAUUAAUGAUCUUACAAUAACAUUAAAUACAAAUGAACAAAUUGAAAAUUUAUCAUAUCUAAUUAAACAUUCAUUAAUAAUACCAAGAUUUAUUCAUAAUCUUAUUCAAAAUGAUAUAUUAACACAUACAAAUGAAAAUUUAUUACUUGAAAAACUUGAUCUUUCAUUAGAUCAAUCAUGGCCAUUAAAAGUUUCUAUUAAUAAUUUAAUUAUACUUCUUAAAAUUGUAUUAAAACGUAAAAAUCAUGAAUUAAUAUGUUUAUUAUGGGAUAAAUUUCUUCAAAGUAUAACAAAUUCAUCUGAUGAAUUAGUACUUGAACAUUUAGAAAUUUUUAUUAUAUUUUUUCAUCAAUUAACAAUACCACAACGUAAAAAUAUUCUUUUACAACUUGUUCAAAUUAUUCAAUCAACUAAACAUAAUAUUUAUUUAUUAAUUUUAUUUGAAUAUAUUAUGUUUAAUUUUUAUGAAAUACCAGAAGAAAUUAUUGAAAAUAUUCAACAAAUAUUAUUAAAAAAUGAUAUUACACCUACAACUAAUUUUAAUCAAAUUGUUAUCAAAAAUAAUUCAAAUUAUCUUGAUGGAUUUGCAUUAAAAAAUCUUUAUAAUAAUCCUAUUUAUGAUAAAUUUUACAAUUAUCUCAUAGAACAAUUAGAUUUUACAAGAAUAAAUAAAGAAGGAUUGAACAAUACAUUAAUCAAACAAUAUUAUGAUCUUUUAUGGCGAAUACUUGGUUUUUUACCACCAUCAAAUGAAUUUCUUGAAAAUAUGAAUACAUAUAAUGAAACAACACAUUUAUUACAUUUAUUUCGUCUUGAAAAAAAAAUCAUACAUGAUAAAUAUAUAAAAGAAUUUCUAUCAAAAGAAAUAACAUUUACUAAUAUUCAAUGGUUUAAAAAUAUUGAUAAAAAAUCAUAUUCAUUAUUUGAUUUAAUUGUUUAUCAAAUUUUAUUACAAAAUUUAUCUUCAACAUCAGAAGAAAUAAAUCCUUUAUAUAAAAUAUUUCUUCAUGAAUUUAAAUUAUCAUUAAAUAUAAAUUCAUCUAUAGAAUCAUUAUUAUUAAUACCUAUAACAAAAAAUCUUGAAGAUAAAACUAAAACAAUAACAAUUCCAACAUUACCAAAUGAUUUUGAAGAAUUAUUUAAAUAUCAAUUAAAUUAUACAUUAGAACAACAAGAUUUAAAAUAUGUAUUUCUUCGAGAAAUUCUUCAAAUAUUAACAACAAUUAAUUCUGAAAUAAAUGAUAAACAAAUAUAUAUUGAAAUACAACUUAAUACAAAUUUACAAUUUCUUAAAGAUCAUAUUAAAUUAAAAGAUCUUAAUACAGAAACAAUACAAAAUGAUUUAAAUGAAUGUAUAUAUAAAAAUAUAUUUGAAAUAUUAUUUAAUAAAAAUUUUCCAAAUGAUAUUAUUAAUGAUGAUAUUUAUCAUGAUUUAAUUAAAUAUCUUGAUGAACAAUUUCAACCAAAUAUAUUUCAAAAUUGUUUAACACCAUAUAAUUUAUUUGAUUUACUUUAUUUAACAUCAAAACCAAAUUUAUCAUUAUCAAUAUUUGCAAGAAUGUUAAUGUUAUUUAAUAAAAUUUUUUCAUAUUCAAAUCAAUUUCAAUCAUUAAUACAAAAUUUAAAUAAUAUUGCGAAUUUAACUAAUGAACAAUUAUCACAAUGGUUAUCAAAACUUGUUUUAUUACAAAAUAAUGAAAAAAAUCCAUUAUAUACACCUGAACAAUAUAAACAUAUAUUAGAAACAUUUACAAAAUAUUUAAUUAAAAAAAAUGAUGAUGGUACAAAUAUGAUUGGAGAAGAAGUUUCAUUAUCAAUUUUAUCUGUAUUAAUACAAUUAGGAAAUGAAUUAUUAAAACCAAAUAAAUUUGCAUUAGGUUUUCCACAAAUUAUACAAUUAUUAGUUAUUUUAGCUGGACAUGGUUCUGGUAAUGGACAUACAUUUUUAUUUCAAGCUGCAGCUAUUUGGUUAGAAUUUUGUGCUGAUACACUUGCAGAUAAAAAUGAUAAUUCUACAUCACCAUUUUUAUCAUCACUUCUAUCAACAUCUUCAUCUACUGAAUCUCUUACAUUGUUUCAUAAUAAUAUUCUCGAAGCAAGUGUUUAUUUACUUGCUUAUAUAAAUGAUAUUCUAAUAGCUUUAAAACAUUUAUCAACAAAUGAUUCAAUAUCUUUAAAAUCUUCUUUAAAACUUGAUGAAACCGAUGAUGAAGAUGAUGAUUCACAAGAUGAUGAAGAUAUAAAUAAUGAACAAAAAAAAAAUCUUCUUUCAUCAACAAUUCAACCAGAAUAUGAUCCUAAUAAAUUAUGUACUUAUACAACAACAAAAAAAGAAUAUGCUAAUCAACAUUGGUAUCAUUGUCAUACAUGUAAAAUGAUUGAUCGUGUUGGUAUAUGUCAAAUAUGUGCUAAUGUUUGUCAUAAAGAUCAUGAUAUAUCAUAUGCAAAAUAUGGUUCAUUUUUUUGUGAUUGUGGUGCUAAAGAAGAUGGUUCAUGUCAAGCAUUAGUUAAACGUCCAACAUCAACAACAACAAUUGCUCAAUCGAUUACACCAUCAACAAUACAAAAGAAAAAAAUUAAAAAAUUAUCAUCAUUAUCAAAUAAAAAACCUAAAUUAACAAAUCGUCAACGUCGUUUAAUUCGUCAAAUUAAUUCUAAACAACAAGAUUAUAAUUUAUGUAUACAAAAUAAACAUAUGCCAUAUAAUACAUUACGUUUAUUUAAAUUACUUCAACCAUAUAUUGAUAAUCAAUAUCAACAAAUAUAUAAUAUUGAAAAUAAAUUUGAUUUAAUAUCGGAAUAUUUAAAAACAAAUAAUCAAUUAUUAUCUACUGAAAACGAUGAAAAUAAACAACAACAACAACAGCAAUUAUUUUCUGGUAUUCUUCAUUCCCAAGAAAAUGCAUUUGAACAUGUUAAAUUAUCAUUUACAAAUGAACAUGGACAACAAAUAAAACAAUUACUUGGUACAAAUUCAAUACGUCGUCAAGGUAUGUGUAUUAUGUCAUCAUUAAAUCCAGAACAAACAAAACAACAUUUAAUUGUUAGUCAAGAAAAAGGUAAACAAGCUAUGAUAACUAUAUUACAAUUAAAUUCAUUACUUAAACAAACAACAACAAUGAUUAAUAAUAAUAUAACAAAUGAUAAUACAACAAAAAAAAAAUUCACAUUAAAUAAAGUAAAUACACUUAAUAUACCAUUUACAAUAUUAUCAAUGCAACCAAAUCAAUUAAAUAGUGAUUAUUUAUGUAUAACAGGUUUAAAAGAUUGUCAUAUAUUAAAUAUUGAUAAUAAUGGACGCUUAAGAGAACCAACUAUAAUUCUUCAACCAAAUUUAGAUUCAACCGGAAAUUAUAUUAUACGUGCACAAUGGUUAUCAGAUAAAAAUCAAUCACAACUUGCUUUAUUAACAGCUGAUUUUAUUAAAAUUUAUGAUCUGAGUAUUGAUACACUUAGUCCAAUUUAUUAUUUUAUUCUUCCAACAGGUAAAGUACGUGAUUGUACAUUUUAUUAUACAAAACGUAAUAAUAUUGAAUGUUGUUAUAUAUUAAUAAUGGCUUCAAAUGGUUAUAUAUAUUAUGAACAAUUAUGUGAAUCAUCAUCAGCUCGUAAUGGUUCAUUUUAUGUAACAAAUACACUCGAUAUAAAACAUGAAGCAAUUAGUGAAACAAAUAAUAAUGGUAUUUUACUUGGUGGUGGUGUAUCUGUUUAUUUUUCUUCAACAUUAAAACUUUUAUUUUGGUCAUAUGUUCAUGGAAAAAAUUUCUAUGGUAUUAUUGAUGAAACAAAUAUAGAAAAAUUAUUAAUGAUACGUUCAAUUGAUGUUAAAAUGACACCAACAACAACAUCAACAUCAACAUCAACACCAACGCCAGCAUCAACAAAUGGUAAUAAUAAAUCAACAUCAACAUAUCAUACAUUGUGUUCAUGGUCAGAAAUUCCUCAUCAUCCUGGUUUAAUAUAUACAAUGACACAAAUGACAAAUAAUCCUGUUAUAUUAAUGAUAACGCCAUCAAAUGUUCGUUUAAGUGAAAUAAAAAUGCAAUUAAAAACAACUAAAAUUCAAGAUAUUGUUGCUAUACGAUAUGAACAACGAACAACAUUUAUAUUAUUAGCUGAUGAUUGUAGUUUAAAGAUUUUCUUAGCUGAAUUAGAUAAAACAAAUUAUUGGUUAAAUAAAUUAUAUCAAAAAAAGAAAUAUUUUCCUAUGAUUGAUUUAGAUUUAAAUGAAGAAUAUUUUGAUUAUGAUAAUAAUAAUUAUCAAUAUACAUUAUCAGAUAAUGAAACAGAUGAUCAACAAGAACCAAUUAUAAAACGUCGAAAACAAACAAUUACAACAACAACAACAACAGCAACAACAGCAGCAGCAGCAGCAACACCAUCAUCAACAAUUAAUCCAACAAAUGAAUUAACAAAUGGUUCAGUUAAAUUUCCUGUUGAUUUUUUUGAAUCAUGUCAAUUAUUAACUGAAUAUGAAUUUGGUGGACGUGAUUUACUUGAUGUUUAUAAUGUAGCACAACUUAAAUUACGUUUAUCAACACCAGGAAUGUUUAUUGCAAAUGUUCGUACAGGUGGUUUUACACUUGAAGUUAUUAAUAAAGAUUCAGAUAAUAAAGUUAUGACAGGUGUACGAAUACAUAUUGGUCUAUAUUCAAUGGAUAAAUCACCACAAUAUUUUGAAUUAUUUGGACGUACUAUACAGGUUACUAAUUUACAAGGACCACGUUGGUAUGAUUUAUGUUUAACACGUGAAGAAUCAAUACAAGCUGAAAAAAAAUUUAAUAUAUUUAUUGCACAGUCUAUUGAUACAAAUCAUACAACUGUUAUUGAUGAUGUUAAAGUUUAUGGUAAAACAAAAGAAGAAUUUCAAUGGCCUGAAAAUGUCGAUGGAUCAUUAUUAACAUCAACAGCUAAUACAGGAAUGACAACAGCAGCAACAACAACAACAAAUGCAAUUAAUGAAUAUUUACAUUCAUUUAGAGAAACAAAUGAUGAAAAAGAAUUAGCUACAUUACCUUUACCAGAUAGGUUACUUGUCUAUAGUAUGCAAGUAUUAACUGGUUCAUUAUCUUUACAUCAUAAUCUUGAUGAACAAAAUCGUUCAAAAUUAAAUUCUGAUAUUGUACAAUAUACAUCACAUAUGUUUCAUAUGUCUUUACCACCACAAAUUCAACGAUAUUCUCGUCGUUUAUUAAAAGAAUUUUUUUCAUCAAUAUCAUCAUCAGAUUUUGAUUAUUAUGAACAUAUUGAUCGUUUACAAUUAACAUUUUUAUCUCAAUGUUUUUCAUCAAUGAAUUAUUUAGAAUUAUUUAAUGAUAUACAAUCUUAUGAAUAUUUAUUAUUAUCAUUAUUAUCAAUAACACGUCGUCGUCCACAUAAUAUAAAUCGAUAUUUAAAUAUAACACAAAAUGAAUCAAAAGAUGCUAUAUCAAAAUCAGCAUCAAUGGAUAUCUUUAUUCCAUAUUUAAUAAAUAUAUUUUUUAAUUUAUUAAAUCAACGUUCAUCAAAUCCAUUACUUGAAUCAAUUGAUAAUAAAACAAUUAAUUUAAAACAAAUCGAAAAACUUCUUCAUAUACUUGUUGAUAUAUAUCAUUCAUUAGCAUUAAAUGAACCACAAAUAUGUAUGAAUUUAAUUGUUAAUUCUUAUAUACGUUUAUUAACAUAUCAUGAUUAUCAUAUUAAUUUUAUAAUUAAAAAUGCAUUAAAUCGUUGUAUGCAACCUAAAAUUCAACGUUUAAUAUCAAAAUUAUCAACAGCAAGUGAUUUAAAUCAACCUGAUACAAAUGAUAAACAAUUUCAUUCAAUACCAUUAUCAGCAGCUAUUUAUACAACUGAACAACAAAAUCGUCCACGUUGGACAAAUAUACCAUCAACAGAAACACCACCAUUACCACCACCAACCACAACAAUAACAGAUCCAAUUAUAACAGAUGAAACAGCUAUGUUACAAUAUGCACUUGCAUUAAGUAUGUCAGAAAAUCUUGAUCAAAUUUCAUCACCACCAUCCGUAACAACAAAUACAAAUAUUCAACAAACAAUUGAAUAUGUUGAUAAUGAUGAUGAAACACCAUCAACAACACAAAAUGAUAUUGAAAUAAAUGAAAUGAUGGAAUUAAUGGUUAAUACAGAUAAUAUUAAUCAACAAACAACAAAUAUACAAAAUGAUCAUAGUGAUAAUAAUAGUUUAUAUGAAGGUGAUGAUGGUCAUGUAUCAGAAUCAAGUUCAACAACAAAUGAAGGUGGUGAACAAAAUAAUGAUACAAUUAAUAAUGAUGAUAAUAAUAAUAAUACAACAUCAACACCAAUACCAACAUCAUUACCACCACCACCACCAUUAUCAUCAUCAUCAAAUGAUUCAAAUUCAACAAUAAAAUUAAAUAUAAAUGAAUCAAUUGAUUCUAAUAUAUAUGAACAACGUUUAUAUGAUUUAAAACAUUUAAUUGUUGAAAAAUUAUUAGAUAAUCUUGAUGAAUAUUUAUUAAAUAAUUCAACAUUAAAUGGUUUAAAUUCUAUAGCUUAUUUACAAUUAUUAUUAACAUUAACUAUUGAAUUUGCAUCAAAAUCUGAUAAUAAUAAUCAAGAAUUUGUUCAUUAUAUAUUAAAAAGUUUAUUAAAACAAAUGACAUUUUUAAAAGAUAUUAAUCAAAAUAAUACUAAUGAUUUAAUUAAACGUACAUCACAACAUGAAAUACAAUUAAUGUUAUUAAGAUUAUUUACUGUUUAUGUUUCAUUUAUGCUUAAAGUACGUGAUAAUGAACGUGAACAAUAUUUACAUUUAUCAUUAACAGCAGCUAAACAAUUAGAAGAAUCAAAUGUUGUUAAUUAUUGUUUAUAUGCAUUACAAAUUGUUUAUAAAUAUUUAUUAAAACAACCAAUUGAUGAAAAUUUAUUAAAUGAACAAACUAUGUUAUCACCAAGUGGUACAACAACAUCAACAACUAAUACACAAACAUCAUCAAUAUCAAUAAUGACACUAUUAAAACCAAUCAAUCAACAAUCAUUACCUGAUUUAUCACCUUUCUUUUAUAAACAAUAUACAAAACAUCAUGCAAAUGAUGUUUUUGAAGCAUAUCCAGAAUUAUUAGCAGAGAUUGCAACAAGAUUACCAUAUCAAAUGAAAAAAGUAAUUGAUUAUACGUCUGAAUCACGUCCAUUUUUACUUUCAUCUGAUUGGCAAAAAUGUCUAUGUGAAUAUUAUGUCUUACCACAAGGUUCAUUUCUUAAACGUCAAAUUCGUAAAUUACUUAUGUAUAUAUGUGGUUCACGUGAUAAAUAUCGUAAAUUACGUGAUUUUCAUGUUUUAUCAACAAAUUUAGCUGAAAUAAAAAAUAUACAUGAAGAAAAUUUUUCAUUAAAUAAUACAGAACAACGUAAAACAAUGUCAACACAAAUUCCUUAUGUUACAUUAAUGCGUCUUGUUGAUCAUUUAAAAUCUUGUCAAGAUAUAAGUAUUCAACGUUGUUCAAAUUGGCAAAAAUUUUGUAAAAAUGAUCCAACAAUAUUACAUUUUCUUGUUCAAUUAAUAAUGCUUGUUGAUGAUUCAUUAGUACCAUUUAUACUUCAUUUAUUAAUUAAUUCAAUAUCAUCACCAUCAUCAUCAACAGCAGCAACAGCAACAGCAGCAACGGCAACAACAUCAACAUCAAAUCGAACAUUAAAAACAAGUAAAUCAUCGGUUCGUCCAAAUGAUUUUGAUUCAACUGAUGAUAUAUCAAUAUGUUCAAUAGCUUUACAAUUUUCUAAAAUCAUAUCAAAUAAAUUAUUAGAAGAUUUUAUUCGUUUAUUUUUAUUAGAAAAUAAUCAACAAUCUAUACGUUGGUUAACACAUACAUUUUUAUAUAAUUUAUAUAUAAAUUCAAAUAAACAAUUACAAGAUUAUAUAUUUGAUUUAUUAAUUAAUUUAUGGUCAACCAUAUCAUAUUAUGGUUUAAAAUCCUUUCAAUAUAUUGAUUUAUUAGGUUAUAUUAUAAUUAAAAAUAAAGAUGAUAAACGUACAAAUGAAUUUUUACCAAAAUUAGAAUUAAUGUUAAAAACACAAAAUCAAUUAUUAUUAAAUCAUCCAAAUACAUCUAUUUAUCGUCGUUUAUCAACAAUAAUUGAUAUUGAACAAAAUAAUGGUUAUUAUUUUGAAACUGAACCAUGCUUAGUUUGUAAUAAUCCUGAUAUACCUUAUCAACAAGUUAAAUUACAAACAAUUAAACUUGAUCAACGUUAUACAACACAAUCACAUAUUGUUAAAUUAAUACAAGCAUAUUCAAUACAAAAAUUACAUAUUAAAAUGUCAGAAAUAAAACGUAAUAAAGCUGUACGUACAAUACGUUUUUAUUAUAAUAAUCGUCAUGUACAAUCAAUAGUUGAUUUAAAAAAUAGUGUUAAUUGUAAAUGGUUAUUAGCUAAAACAAUUAAAUUAACAAAUAUACAACAAACAGAAGUUAAAAUUGAUUUUGUUAUACCAAUUAUUGCUUGUAAUUUAAUGAUUGAAUAUGUGGAUUUUUUUGAAACACCAACAUCUAGCAUACAAACAGUUACAGACACAACAACAUUACAAUGUCCAAGAUGUAAUUCAGCUGUGGCAGCAACACCUGGCAUUUGUCCUAAUUGUGGUGAAAAUGUUUUUCAGUGUCAUAAAUGUCGAUCAAUAAAUUAUGAUGAACGUGAUCCAUUUUUAUGUAAUUCUUGUGGUUAUUGCAAAUAUUGUAAAUUUGAUUUUAUUUUUACUGCUAAACAAGUUAAUUAUGUUGAACCUAUUGAAUCCGAUGAAGAUCGUGCUAAAACAAUUGCUAAUAUAGGUCAAUUAUUAGAAAAAACCGAUAAAAUCUAUCGUCAAUUAAUUAAUCAAAAACCAAUUCUUGAAUAUUUAUUAACAAAAUUAAAUUCUGAUGAUCAAAAUUCAACAUUAAUACCUUCAUUAUCAACAACAACAGCAACAACAACAACGACAACCACAACAACAGCAAAUACAACAACAACCGGUGAAACAUCUGAUCAACAACAACAACCUCCUACUGUACCAACACCUACAAUAACAUUAACAUCAGCAAAUAAUCCAAAUGGUAUUAAUCGUAUUGUUCAACAAAUAGCACCAAAAUAUAAUACUGAAUGUCGUCAAACAUAUGAUGAACUUGGUAAAUGUAUACAAAAAAUUAUAUGUACACGUAAAGAACUUUAUACAUAUGAUCAACGUCAUUCAAAUUCAUCAUCAACAACAACAACAAUGAUGAUGAUAACAACAAUACCAUCACGUUCACAUCAUUGUUAUGGUUGUAUAUUAUCAACAAUAUCACAUUGUAUAUUACUUUUACGUGCAUUUAUUACAUCAUCAAAUCGUUUAAAACAAUCCAUAACAAAUAAUAUAUCAUUAAUUGAUGAAUUAUUAUUAAAUAAUAUACGUUAUACAAAUCAACAAAUACGUCAUGAUGUACGUUUAUUAUUUUGUUAUUUAACACGUGAUAAUAUACAAUUAACUGAUUAUAUAACAACAAAAAUUUUAAAUAAAAUAGAAAUAAUAUUUCAACAAAAAUUAAUUUUAUCAUCAUCAUCAUUAAUUAAUUAUGAUUUAUUAGUACUUUUUUCUUUAAUACAGCGUUCAAAUCAAGAUGAUCAAGAUUUAUGUUGGGAAAAUAAAUUACGUUGUAUAUUUAAAUUAUUUCUUUAUUCAUUAAAAAUCUCAACACCACAAAUACUUGAAUUAAUAACAUUACCUUGUUUAAGAAUGUUAUUACAUUUAUCAAAAUCACAAAUAACAACAAAUACAACAAAAUUAAUAUCAAUUGAUAUUGAAAAAUUUCUAUCAAAACAAUUAACAUAUAAUGAUUGGAAUAAUAAUUUAAAUGAUAAUAAUAAUUUUUCUUUAACAAAUAUUAAUAAAUCAUGGUUAGAAAAAUUAAUAUUUUGUUCACAAUCAGCAACCAUACGUUAUUUAACAUGUAAAUUAAUACAAACACUUUGUAUAAAUGAUAAACAAAAAUUAUUUAUAAUGCAAAUAUUAAUUCAUUAUUUACAUAAUAUAUGUGAUGAAAAUCUUUUAAAAUAUUCAUAUGAAUAUGUACAAUUAAUUAAAGAUUUAUUAUUAAAUGAUAAUCAAUUAAAAUUAAUUUUAUGUAAUGAUGAACAAUUUAAUAUAAUUAGAGAUAUUGCUAAAUUAAUUGAAAAUGAAAUAUUAAUUAUUAAUGAACAAGAUGAAAAAAAUUUAUUAAAUUCAAAUUUAACAUUUGGUUAUUCAAUUAAAUCAUUAACAGAAUUAUUAAAUAUUUUCUUACAACAAGAUGAAUUAAAACAAAAAUAUAAAUCAAUAUUAAUUGCUAUUGUAUUAAAUGGUUAUUUAACAUUAAAAAAAUUAAUUGUACAACGUACGAAAUUAAUUGAUGAAGCACAAAAUAAAAUGUUAGAAUUAUUAGAACAAAUGACAAGAGGUAAUGAACAAGAAACAAGACAAUUUAUGAUUAUUUGUAUUGAUACAAUUGAAAAAUUUCAAUUAGAUGAUAUGCAAACACCUUUAUUUAUAUUUGAACGUUUAUGUAAUUUAAUUUAUCCUGAAGAAACUAUGCAAGAAAAUAAAGAAUUUUUUAUUGUUGUCGAAAAAGAUCCAAAUCAAGAAGAUUUCUUACAAGGACGAAUGAUGGGUAAUCCAUAUAGUUCAGCAGAUCCAGCUAUGGGUCCAUUAAUGCGUGAUAUAAAAAAUAAAAUUUGUACUGAUUGUGAAUUAAUUGCAUUACUUGAAGAUGACAAUGGCAUGGAAUUACUUGUUGCAAAUAAAAUAAUUAAUUUAGGUUUAGCUGUUCGUGAUGUUUAUAAAAAAGUUUGGUUACCUUAUAUAAAUUCUCAUCAAGGAACUCCUUCAAAUGCUGAUCCAACAGCAGGUUCUCAACCAGUUGUUAGUCCAUCACAAAAUGAACAUGAACCAAUGCAUAUUGUUUAUCGUAUGCGUGGUUUAUUAGGUGAUGCAACAGAAGACAUUAUUGAAACAUUUGAUACAAAGAAAAACGCUAAUGAAAAUGGUGAAGAUGAUCCUGAAGAUAUAUAUCGUUUAGCUAAUGUUCUUAGUGAACAUUCAGGUUUAGAAACAAUGCUUAAACGUUUAGAUUCAAUUCCUGAUAUGUCAUCAGGAAAAGCUUUAUUACAAAUAUUAUUAAAAUUACUUGAAUAUGCUAUUAAACUUAAAGUCAAUAGACAACGUUUAAUUGAUCCAAAUUUACGUGCGAUAUCAUCAAUGUUAAAUAAACUUAAUUUAUUAUUAAAAACUGAGAUUGAAGAACAAGGACGUGAUCAAGGACUUUUAUCAUUAACAGAAAAACUUCUUUUUAUUAUGGAUCAAUUAUUUCAUGAAGCAAGUACAACAUUAUCACAAGAUAAAUAUAAUGAAUUUUCAGUAUCAUGUGAAGGUGAUAUUGAACAAUUACGUUUAUUACUUAAUUAUAUUAAAUUACCAUUUGUUAAAACACAUCCAAGUAUAAUGGAAGCUCUUAUUCAUUUAUUACCAUAUUUAUCAUUUGGAAAUAAAGAAAAAAUGCAAACAUUACUUGAUUAUUUUAAAUCAUAUUUAGAAUUUGAUCGAUUUGAUCUUGAACAAAUAUCAUCAUCAUCAACAACAACAAUAGCAACAACAUCAAAUGAUAAUGAUAGUCAAUUACAUUUAGAUUGUUUCUGUGAAAUAUGUAAGCAUUUAGAUAAAAAAUCUGUUUAUGGUAAAGAAUUUCGUGAUUAUGUUAAUGAAUCCAAUGGUAUUAUUGAUCAAUGUAUAAAUUAUAUUGAAACAAAUUCACCACAAGUUAAAACAUAUUUAGGUAUGCAAGAUCAAGAUAGUUGGAAAGAAUUUUUAAAUAAACCAAGUUUAUCAUAUGUAUUACGUUUAUUAACUGGUUUAUCUUAUGGACAUGAACAAAUUCAAAUGAAAAUUGGACAAAGUUUAAUACCAAUUUUACAUAAAAUUGAACAAUUAACAACAGCUGGUAAAGUUGGUGUUCUAGCUGAAGAUCUUUUACAUUCAUUAACAGAAAAUGAACAAGUUGCAAAAAAAAUUGAUGAUGUUAGAAAUCAAACACGUGCAGAAAAAAAACGUUUAGCACAAGAAGCACGUGAUAGAAAAAUGCGUGAAUUAAAUUUAACAAAAAUAACACGAAAUAAAAGUGAAUCUGAAUCAUCAGCAACAGCAUCGAAAAUACCUGUACCUAAUGUUGAUUUAACUGAUGAAACUGGUCAUGUUUGUUGUAUUUGUCGAGAAGGUUAUAAAUAUUUUCCAAAUAAAGUUUUAGCUAUUUAUACAUUUACAAAAAAAAUUGAUAUUGAACCAUAUGAAGCUAAAACACGAAAAACACCUGGUUAUGCAACUGUAACACAUUUUAAUAUCAUACAUAUUGAAUGUCAUACAUCAGCAAUUAAACAAGCACGAUCAAGAGAUGAAUGGGAAUCAGCUUUAUUACAAAAUGCAAAUACACGUUGUAAUGGUUUAUUACCAUUGUGGGGACCUGAUGUUGCUGAAGCACAAUUUACAACAGCACUUGCAAGAUAUGAUACGAAUAUUAUCGAAGCAACAGGUAUUCGUGAAACAUCACCAACAUUAUCAAUUCAUGAUAUAAAACUUUUAUUACUUCGUUUUGCUGAUGUACAAUCAUUUAGUGAAGAUACAGGUGGUGGUGGACGAGAAUCAAAUAUACGUUUGGUUCCAUAUGAAAUGCAUACAAUUCUUUAUGUUCUUACAACAACUCGACAAAUUGAACGUGAAGAAAAAUUAUUACAAAAUUAUCUUAGUCGUCCUGAUUUAUUAAUAAAUGAAGCAUUUGAAGUUGAUGGUCCUUUCUUUCUAACAACAUUAUCAUUGAUUAUAAUGAAACCAAAUGAUUGGGAAAAAAAUCGUCGUAUUUUUCUUCAAAAACUUCUUCUUACUGCACAUAUUCGAUCAGUUAAUACACCAAAUGAUCGAACAAAAAUUGCUUCAAAAGCAUUAAAACCAUUUGCAACGUAUAAAACAACUCUUGUCUUUUUUGGUCUUAUCAACGCAUUUUUUGUUCAUAUGUUAAAUCCGCGUUUUGAUACGACAUCGACCAUACCGUACAAUCAACAAUUGGCACAAUUUCUUCGUUGUAAUGAUGCGUUUAUUAUGGAAGCAUGCACAAAAAUCUUAAAACAUUUUGAACAAGAUUUACUCUCAAGUCAAACAUUUGAAACGUUAUUUAAUGCAUUAGACUUAAGUCAAUUAUCAGAACAAUGGAUACAAGAUGCUAUUAAUACAUCGAUAUUAAAUCCAAUUAAACCAUUAUCUUAUUAUCAAACAUUUCUUUCAUCAUCGGAAUUAAAAGAUUAUUUUGAAUUAAUUAAAAACUCCAAUGGACCACAAAUAAAUAAAAAUGAUCGUCAAUUACGUUCAUCAAGUAAAGCCAUGAUCACUCGACGUCAAACUGGUUUAAUUGAUUAA